AUGUGGCAGACGCCGUUUUUUGGUGAGGCAGUGAUUUUGUGGCCAUUUUCGGGCUGCUGGAGGGUUGGGCAGCGACAUGUGGAGCCCCAAGGUUGGCGGAGACAUGCCGAUUCGGACUUUUCCAUUGGUUUUGGUGGACAUACAUCGCCACACCAUUGGACAAGGACUUUGUGGAUUGCCCGUUCCAUGCGUCUUGAUCCCUCCCUCCCGUCCCUCGACAAAUUGCAACCUCGGCACCAAACUCGAUUACUCCUCUUCCCAUCCGCCUGCUUCCCCUUCGGCAACCCAACCUCCCCCGCGAUGGCGGCCGUCGCAUCGUCUAACCGGAACCCCUCAGACCGCAACGCCGACGCGACGCUGCACGUCGGCCAGCUGGACGACAAGGUCACGGACGCCCUCCUGUGGGAGCUCAUGGUCCAAGCCGGGCCGGUGCGCAACGUCUACAUCCCGCGCGACCGCAUCUCGGGCGCGCACUACGGCUACGGCUUCUGCGAGUUCCACACGGCGCUGGACGCUUUGUACGCGCUCAAGACACUCAACAUGGUUUCUCUCUUCUCCAAGCCCCUGCGCCUCUCCCAGUCGACGCUCGACCGGCGCUCGCAAGACGUGGGCGCCAACCUCUUCGUGGGCAACCUAGUCGACGCGGUGACCGAAAAACUGCUCCACGACGCUUUCUCCGCCUUCGGUCCCGUGGUGGACGCGCCGUACAUCAUGCGCGACGCCGUGUCGCAGCAGUCGAAGCGCUACGGCUUUGUCAAGUUUGCGUCCUUCGCCGCCGCAGACGCGGCCAUCGCCGCCAUGGACGGCCAGUACAUCUGCAACGCCCCCAUCUCCGUGCAGUACGCGUACAAGAAGGACGGCCACGCGCGCGAGCGCCACGGCUCGCACGCCGAGCGCCUGCUCGCCGCCAGCGCCGCCGAGUCGGCCGCCGCCAACGCUUCGCGGCACCCGCUGUUGCUCCCACACACCCUCUUUGCCGACAAGCCCGCCUCCGCCGCCCCGCCCGCCCUGCCCGCCCACCCCGCCCACCCCGCUCACCCCCCCGCCCCGAUGCACAUGCCCCCGCUCCCGCAGCACGUGUAUCCAUACCAGCCGCAGACGCACGGGCAGCACAUGCCGCAGUGGCAGCGCGCGGCUUACCCGCCGCAGCCGCCCGCCGUGCCGCCGCAGGGUUAUCAUUAUCAGCAGCCACCCGGGCCGCCGCAGGGGUAUCACGUCGCACCGACCACCCAGUUGGGGUGGACCCCGAAGAGGCCGUAUGCCAAUGGCCCGCCACCCGCGGCUUCUUUUCCACCGCAUGCCCAGCCGCAUAUGCCUUCGCAUGCGCCUUACGGAGUCUCGCAGGCUGCAAUGGCGCAACAGGGCCCUCCUGCAGCGAUGAUGAUGCCACAAGGCGGAACGCCUACGCUUGUGGCCGAUGAAGGCGCUCCGCCGCCGCCACCGCCCAAGACAUGA